ACUCUCUCUCUCUCUCUCUCUCUCUCUCUCUCUUCCCCAAUCGCUCUCUCUCUCUUGAAAAACAGCAACCCUUUGUUGAACGGAUCUUUUAUAAUUUUGUCCCUUUUUAAUUUUAAUAAUAACAAUAAGAAAAAAAAUUCCCCCUUUCUCACUUCGCAGUAAUCAAAUGUCUGCUGCUCAUGCCCAACGACCAAUUCACUAGUUCAUAGUGGCAGCUUAGAUUUUGAAAUGUUAAGGGAAGAAGAGAAAGAUCAAGGAUCCAGUGUUGGUUGGAAGACAUUCUCGAGGUCGGUGUCGUGGACUGAACGCCCACCAAGGAAAUCUAAUUCAAAUCCGCAAUGGAACAGCAAGGCGCGGGCGUGUUUGCCGCCCCUUCAGCCUCUUUCUAUCGUCCGACCAAGCAUUGAAGAAUGGCCGAGAGCUGGGUCAGAUGAUCUUGGCGUAUGGCCUAAUCCUCCAACUCCUGGUGAAAGGCCUGGAUCAAAAACACCCCGUGGAACCUCGACUUCGGAGCUACCUCCAAGAGAGUUUGAAUGCAGGAAGGACAAGCUUGCUUUUUUUGACAAGGAGUGCUCGAGGAUUUUAGAUCAUAUAUAUUUGGGAGGUGAUGCGAUUGCCAAGAAUCGUGAGAUCCUCCGGCAGAGAAAGAUUACCCAUGUGCUCAACUGUGUUGGGUUUGUUUGCCCGGAAUAUUUCAGUAACGAGCUCGAGUAUAAAACCCUUUGGCUGCAGGACAGUCCAUCUGAGGAUAUUACUAGUAUUCUCUAUGAUGUGUUCGAUUACUUUGAAGAUAUUCGUGAACAAGGUGGGCGUGUUCUUGUUCACUGCUGUCAUGGGGUGUCUCGAUCAACCUCAUUGGUCAUUGCAUAUCUUAUGUGGAAAGAAGGACAGAGUUUCGAUGAUGCUUUCCAGCAUGUCAAAGCAGCCAGAGGAGUGACUAAUCCGAAUGUGGGAUUUGCUUGUCAACUUUUACAAUGCCAGAAGCGUGUACACGCUCUGCCUGCUAGCCCAACUUCUGUUCUUAGAAUGUAUCGCAUGGCACCUCACUCACCAUAUGACCCCCUUCAUCUUGUACCCAAAAUGUUAUGUGAAGCAGGUGCUGACAGGCUCGAUUCCCGUGGAGCAUUCAUAAUUCACAUUCCGUCUGCUUUAUAUAUCUGGAUAGGGAAGAACUGCUCCUCAGUGAUGUCUGACAAUGCAAGGACAUCUGCUGCCCAAAUUAUUCGUUACGAGAGGGUUAAGGGUCCAGUUAUAGUCAUCAAAGAAGGUGAAGAGACGCUUGAAUUUUGGAAUGCUUUUAGCCAUAGAAAAGGUCUGGCUGAAGGCUGUCAUGUGAAGUCUGUGGAGGAAAAGGGGUCCAACGCGGCUACCAUUGUUCCAUGUCUGGAUCAAAGGAAACUUGAUGAGUAUGAUUUAGAUUUUGAUAUCUUCCACAGGGCACUUGCUGGUGGGGUCGUACCACCUUGUCCAUCAUCUGAAGCAGGAUCCAAGACGUGCAUUCCUUCCAGAGAGAGUGGUUGGAACAGAUUAAGAAGUAAGUUUGCAGAUGGUAUUAUGAAGGAAUUUGCCACAGACUCUGGCGUCUCGCAGAGAUGUGAUAAACUGGAAUCAGUGGAUGCAUGUUCAGUGGAAGGCACUGUCUCGUCUGCUGAUAUUUCAAGGUCUUCAAUUAUCAAGACUGAUUCCCAAGAUUCAUUCACUUCUUGUGUAUCCAGCAGCCUAGGUUCUGAUCCUUCUGUAGUGGAAUCUCCGUCAUUCAAUCUGGUGGAUUCUUUUUCUUCAUUCUUUGUUAGUAAACCAAAAUCGAAUUCAACGUCACCAUCAAUCUCACCUUCGACAUCUGAUUAUUCAAGUUCAUUUAGCUUCUCACCCUCUUCAUCUAAUUGGUCUGACUUAUCAUUUGUAUCUGCUCAACCAUCGCCUCACACAAAUGAAUCAAGUGAUAAUGAUCCUAGUAAAAGAGGUCCUACAGAGGAAGGCCUUCGUUCUGUAGCUGAAAGUACAUGUUUACAUGAUAACGCCACUUCUCCUCUAUCAGGAGAAGCAACCUUCCCUUGCCAUGUUUCGAGAGCGGCUGGUUUAUGUUCAACCUCUGGACAAAGUUUGCCCUCCCUUGCAGAGCGUAGAGGUAGCAGUCUUCCUUCUCGGAUGAUUUUGCCCUCCAUUGAUGAGGAGUCGCAUAUUUCAGAAAACUUGCCAAGACACUUGGAAGAUGAUGCCAUGAAGGAUGUUGACUGCGAAAACCUCCAUCCUGGCGUUUCUCUGGAAAGUGAAAGGGAUGAGGCGAUUCGAGAUGCAAACGGCCAUGUGGUUGACGGUGAGUGUCCAACCACAUCACCAGUUGAAAAGAAGUAUGAAAAAUCAUGAUAUAGCUGAUGUUUUGACUGAUAAAAUAGCAUUAAAAGCUAAUCUAGUAUUCUUCAAGUGGUCUUCUAUGCAUAAAUCGGACAUGCAUUAAGGGGCAUCUUGGGGUUCUAGAUUAGUUUGUAUAAUACCUUUUCUCCUGCGGAAAUUCCCUGAAUCCUGAUUCCUUUUAUGUGUGGAUAGGGCGUGAUGGGACAUUGAAGGGAAGUCAUAGUUAGAUGAUCGGGUACAAGAGCAAAUACAAAGAUUAUUGUGUUCAUUUGGAGACAAAUUGGUCAGAAUCUUCUCCUUGAGGAGGGCUUCAGCAUAGGUGCUCUAGUUAAGGUACAUAAUUCUCUUCAAAACUUAUUAUAUGUACAUAGAUGAUUGAUCAUGAUAGACUGAAAACUUUUAUGUACACAUUGGGUGAUGAACUCCUGAGAUAAUUGCAACUGGAUAGACGAUUACUCUUAACUACCUCUUUGUUUGAAUGGGGACGUAAUUGUGAGCAAUAUAAGUCAUACUAUAUCGGUUUUAUGUGUUUAAAGUGUUUCAUAAAUGAAACCAGUGCUCUACCAAUCACAAAUGAUCAGUAUAUGCAAAUCUUGAAUUUAUCUAUAUGACAAGUGCUUAAAUAUUCAGGUACAGCUUUCUUAAUAUGUCAAAAUUUGUAUAUGUGAGAGAUGUAUGUAUGUAAUGAAUAUAAAAUGUGAACUAUUUGUAUUUAUCUAAGUAAGAGAGUUUUAUCUAAAUGCAUGUAUAAUGUGAACUAUAUAUGUAUCCUUUAUAUGAAUCUCUAAUAUAUAGAAUCUACCGCAAAUGUUCAACAAGAUAAGUUGUAUAUAAUCUCUUUGAGGGCAAAGUCGUUAUGAGCAAAUAUUGUCUGCAUGAAAAAAGGAUGGGAUGUAGGAUUAGCUAUUAGAACUACGUUUCUUCAUUCAAUCAGCAGAAUUCAAAGUCAAGGACGGAAAUAAUGGGGGUUUCGGGGAGGGAUUCAUGGGUGCAGGCGGCCCUUUUGCAGCUUUAUGCCCUUCUUUCACAUUUCUCAUCUUCUUAGCAGUCCUUCACUAGUCCUCCUCGUCAUAGAACGUCAAUUUUUUCAUUAACAUGAGAAAAAACUAAUAUUGCAGUAAGUUGGCUUAUUUAUUUUUAUUCUUUUCUUGAUAUCCACAUCAGAAGACAAAAUUAGGUAGGGCAUAUAUGAUGUAUGCUUAUUGAAGCUAUCAAAUCAGACGGAGUUUGUCACCCUACUUAAGCCGGGCCGUCUCAUUUUUCCAACGGACACUCUUGAUGAUAAUUUGCUCUGCAGUAGCUAAGUUCUUGAAUUUGCCUUUUCCACAGAUAGUCAAGGAAGGUGAAGAACCAUAUUGCAGCUCCUCAAGCAUCUGAGGUGCUUCUUGUUAGACAAGUAUCUAGAUAGUGGGAUCGAGCAACGGUGAGAACCAUACAGGUAGGCAGGAUCUUUAGUUUUCCCUUUUCUUUCGAACCUUUGAUCGCAGCUCUAAUGAGUUGCAUUGGCAUCCCAAAGCAGGAGAUGUAAGGACAGAAUUCAUUUUUAAUUCCUGAUGUAAUAAGUGCUAUACCGCCCUUUUCCUAUAAUCAUCUUCGUCAAAUUAUAUCACCAUCUCUCACCGUACAUGGUUUUCCUCAGUGACACGAACUCGUGGAGCCACGGCUCACUCCACUCCAGCUUUGUUUGGUAAAAAAGUUUACAUUUAGCUUUGUCUGAGGUUUUGAGCUAUGAUUUAAUGAUUCUAGUGGUGUCUGCCUCAACGUGCUCGUGGGGAUAUUGUCUAUUCGUCGUAUAGUUCUUGAUUUCAAGAUCUGCAAAAAUCCAUGCUUCUGCAGGUCCGUGAUUUAGAGCUCUCUUGCUGCAAAUAUCAUCUAGUUCUCUUUUUACCUUAUUUGGAUCGGAAAUGUUACACUAAUAGUAUUAAUUUCGAUAGUCAAUUUUCAUCUGUAAAAUGUGUUUUAUACUCAAAUGCAGCAACCAGUGAAAUGUGAAUAUUGCACGAAUUUAUAUUUUUUUUCA